AUGGCGUCUUCGACAAGGCAAGAUUUAGCAAUAAGACAGAUAUCGAUUCUAAUCCAACCACGGCCUCCAACGCUGGAUGACAUAUCGAAGGUCGAAGUGGCACCGGACACGGAAAUGCAGACAAAGCAGAACAAAGAGAAGAGUAAGGAAAGAAAGAGGAUGGAAAGAAAAAAGAAGAUAGAGAGAAAGGAGAGAAAGAGAAUGAAAAGAAAGAAGAAGAAGAAAAAGAAGAAGAAGCAGAAGGAGGAAAAGGAAAAGGAGAAGGAUGUGCAGAAUGUGCAGAAGGUGAAGAAAGGGAGUAAGAGGAUAAAGCAAAAAGAAGUAAGGCAAGUUCGGCGGAUGAUGGAGACAACUACUGAUAUAUCUUGGAGUCGAUUCCGACCCCUCAUGUUUGCCCGGUGGCUGGUGGAUGUGUCAAAGUUCUGGUUUUGA